UUUGGAACGAGGAUGACAUUUGCCAACAUGGCUGACACGAUGAGACUGUUUAGUGCGAAAAUAAUGCGAGAAAAACUAAGUGUUUGGGAGCAGAAGAAUGACCCUAAAGCUCCCUUAAGUGACGUCCAAAAAGACAGCUUCAUGGAGCUCACAACCAAUGUUUCAAACAGGCCGUUGCCGAUUGAGUUGCCCUUGGAUGAGCCGGGAAGUUUUACCCAGCAGUUAUCAGUGCCUACAACCCACAUCCCAGCGGCCGGUGAUGACAUCUUGUCUAAAGGCUUUGAGACACUGGGGAUGAAAGAUGAAAAGAUAGAGAAUGCCCAGCAGUUUUUUGCCUGGUUUAACAAUGUUGAGAGUCAGAUGGAUCACGAUGAGGAGAUAUCAUACCGACGUUACUGUGACCAGCUGAAGGAGUACAGAGACCAGUGUGACUUGGUCCUGGAUGAAGUGUCGGAUGCACUGACGAACCUGGAAGACCUUCAGAGGCAGUACGUCCACGUGUCUACCAAGACCAAUGCGCUGCAUGAGGCAUGUGAAGAGUCACUCCGGGACCAGACAACACUUGUGAACAAAGCCGAAGCCAUCAGUAGCAGGUUGUCGUAUUUCAACGAACUGGAGAGAAUCAAUCAGAAACUCAGUUCUCCCACGUUCUCUGUGACGAGCGAGUCGUUUGUUCCCAUGCUGACGAAGCUGGAUGAGUGCAUUGCUCACAUCACCGUGAAUAAGUCUGGAGACACAGAUUCUGAGCACAGUGAAGAAUAUAAGCCCCAGUACAAGGAAUCGGACGUGUACCAGGCCAAGUUUAAGCACUGCCUCACCAAGGCCCUGAGUGUAGUCAGGUCCUCGGUGUUCAACAUCCUGCAGAACGCCACACAGCAGGUUCUACCAAAGAAGGAUGUAACUGCUGACUCAUCAGAGAAUGCCUUCACGUUGUUUUACGGCAAAUUCCGGAGUCAUGCGCCCAAGGUGAAGGGAAUGAUGGAACAGAUAGAGCAACGAUUGGAUAAAAGUCCAGAGUACCAGACCCUGCUGGACGACUGCCACCAAUAUUAUCUCAACCAGCGUCAGCAACUCCUAGCUCCCAGCAUCACGGCAGCCGUCAACGAGUUAGCCACGAAACACGUCAGGGACCACUGUGCCCUGGUCCGUAGUGGCUGUGCAUUCAUGGUGCAUGUUUGUGAAGACGAAUACCAACUUUUCUUUCAUUUCUUCUCCAGGCAAACUGACAAACUCGACACCAUGUUAGAAGGUCUGAGCAUGAGUCUGUACGACGUCUUGAGACCGUUGAUCAUUCACAUCAACCAUCUGGAGACACUCUCUGAGCUCUGCAGCAUCCUCCACAUAGAGAUGCUACAAGACCACGUUCUGACCAAUCCUGAUGAGCUGAAAGCCUUUGAGAUCGUGAAUCGACAGAUGUUGGAAGACGUGCAGAUGAGGCUGGUCUACCGUGCCAGCAUCUAUGUGCAGACGGACAUACUGAACUACAAGCCGGCACCGGGAGAUCUGGCCUACCCCGAAAAGCUGGAAAUGAUGGAGAGCAUCUCUGAGAGCCUCAAAGAGAAGGAGCGUGAGAAGGCCAUGUCUAGGAGAAGCUCUGGUGAUUCCCUGGCCUCCUCCACCAGCCAGGAGGUAGCUGCUCUCAGUGGAGUCACGCCGGAGAACGCCCAGCCAGACAGGAGUGGCACACCGCAAGGGGAGGGGGCGAAUGGAACACUACCCCCAAAACCUAUAGGUCGUUCAAUAAGUCAGCUAGCCCAGCCUUCCACCAACCUAUCCCCGGCUGACCUCCAUGGCAUGUGGUACCCUACCGUCAGAAGAACCCUGGUCUGUCUCUCAAAACUCUACAGGUGCAUUGAUAAAGCCAUUUUCCAAGGUCUGUCCCAGGAAACCUUAUUGUCUUGCAUCCAGAGUCUGGUGGUUGCUGAACUGGGCAUCGUCAAGCGUCAAACGGAAUUAGACGGAAUGCUUUUCCUAGUCAAACACCUGCUGAUCCUUAGGGAGCAGAUUGCACCGUUCCAGGUGGAAUUCUCCAUCAAGGAAACAGCGCUGGAUUUCUCCACAAUGAAAGUUGCUGCUUACAGUCUAUUGAGUAAGCGUUCCCGGAUAUUUGCGCUCGGCAGCAACAACGCCUUCCUGGAAUUCCUCUUUGAGGGUGCCCCAAACGUGACGGAGCAUUUCCUGGACUCCAAGAAAGACGUGGACACACAUCUGAAGAAGACUUGUGAAAGAUUCAUCAAGCAUGUGACAGACACGCUAAUAUCUGAACUCAAUUCCUUCUUGACAAAGGCAACUGUAAUACUGGACAUGCAUAAGGAAUCUGAAGCAGCGCAGGUGUCGCUGAGAAAACAGCCGUUUGCAACAGCAGAGAAAGUGCAUGAAGUGGUGAGCGCCACCUAUAGGCAGGUCAAGUCCAGGCUGCCGGCCGUCUUCAGGAAGAUGUCCCUGUAUCUAGCCAAUAAGGACACGGAGUAUAUACUCUUCCGUCCCGUCAAGGGUAACGUGCAGCAGGCCUAUCAGCAACUUGAAGUACUCGUCAAGGAGAACUACCCAGAAGAGGACCAGCAGAUCAUCGGCUGCCCGACCAUGGAACAGGUGAAUCUGCUACUCUCCGCUUCUUCCUGAUGCAUCUUCCAUUCUGUGCAAAUAUGUCAACGAAAAAACAUCUCUUCAAAGUUUUGCCUCGUUGGUGCCCCAUAGUUCCCCACUCCAAGUGAUCCAGCAAACUGAAAUAAUAAAUCCACUGUUGUGAUUGGGACAAUGCAUUACACACUGCACGGAGCAGUACGGACACCGGUUUGUAUGACUACCAGGGACCAAUUUCAUGAAGUUGCUGAGCACAACAAAGGCAUUUGCUAAGCGCGGAAAAUAUUGGAUUAGCAAAAGCUGAUUACCAACCAAGUAUCAUGUCAUUUAUAUUGCUGUUAACUGGUACUCUGCCAAUUUCUGCUUAGCCUGAAAGUCUACUAUUUUCUGCUUAUCACAGCUCACUUCAGUUAGGGUCAGAGGUCACAGUGACCCAGUGGCUAGCUCUGCAGUCACAUGAUAUGACAGAUUGAUUUAUUAGAAUCGAGGGAGAAGCUGAAUCAUGUCUUUAUGUUUUUCCUUCAUGAGUCUGGACCUUAGGUUUUGCGGUUUAAGUUUGAAGAAAACAGUCUGAGCAAUAACAUUGGAGAAUUAAGUUGUUUUUUUAAAUAGUUUUAAUUAGAAAAGCAUUGCCAUUUUUCAUUUCUUGGGUAUAUUGGUCAUAUUUUAAUCAUAAAUGGUUUAAAAGAGAUUAUUACAUUAUGUGUUUCAUAAUGUGGGAGGGAUUAUAAUUGAUAGAAAACUAGCAGAAAUAAGUGAAAUUUGAUUUUUCCCUCACAUAUACGUAUUCAGAUUUGAGAGUAUGAUGCCUCUUGUAGGUCAUGUUUGUAGCUUUCCUUCUCCAAAUGUUAAAUGUUAAGGCGACUAAUCCCCCCCCCCCCCCCCAACACACAUCUUUUUUUAGACCCUCUUUUUAGACCUGAUCACAAAAUGGAAAUAU